AGAAAGAAAUUUGCUUUGUUUGCAGGUGCUAAAAAGAAAUUUGUUUUGUUAUGGGAAGCAUUUUGAGGUGCAGACAGAGAAAUCAACAGUUUCCCGGCUGAUGCUUAGUGAAAAUGAAAUUGGGGUUAGCUGUCACUUAGCUGGAUUCAACGGUAAGGAAUCUCCUCUUUAUUGUCAUCAAUGUUUAUGGUAUUGGUGCAGUGUAUCUGUUUCAACAUUGCUUUCUCGGAGAUCUCCAUUCCAGGUAAGGUCUUCUGGCCCUUAUAUGAGUUCAUGACCAAUUAAGUGUGCCCUAUGGUGUAACUGGGGACCACAUGUCCACUAAUUCAAGUGGGAUCAAUCAUCAACUUACUAUGAAAGCAGUUGGUGGGAAAUAUUCCUAGAGGUCCCAAAUGAAAAAAACCCAGAAAAGAAGGACAAAAGGCCCAAUUUUGGGGGCACUCACAGCAUAGGCACUGCGUAGGUCCCAAAUUCAACCCAUUUGGUCCAUGUGGGGCAGCUAUAUUGUAUCUUCAAAAGAUGGAGAAGAAAAAAAGUCGAAGCUUGGAAUAUGCUUUCCACCGGCCUUAUCAAGCUCUGUCCAAUUGUAUUCGAGUCUUCCCCUCUUGCAUGUUCUCUUGCCUGUUAUUUUCCCUUUGCUCUUUAGCUGAUAUUUUGUUAUCCAAAUUCUUCUAUUUUUAAUUAAUUAGUUAAUAUAGUUAGAUUUUGAGUUUGUGGAUCAUUUCUUGAUUUUUAUAGUGUUACUUUUGAUGUGGGUAUAGGGAAAAGAAUUUAUGAAAUUAAAGGAAAGUUUCUGCAUCAUUCAUUCUGAUCUUAUGUAUUCAUCACUUGUUAUCAUAUUGGGACCCGAAAAUGAAAUGUGGAAGUGGAA